UAUAAACAUUUUUUUUAUCUUGCAAAAAAAAAAACAAAAAAAAAAACGAAAGUUCAAAAGGAAUUUAUAUCACAUACGUAUCGUUUUAUGUACAGAAAAAAGUUGAUCAACUGAGGUAUAUUCCCUUUUUUACGGAAUUGUAAAAAUAUCGUUUUAUUCACCCUUAUUAUAUUAAAAUAUAAUAUAAUAAUAUCGUAUAUUAUAGUAUAAUACAGUACAAUUGUUUUUUUCUCCCCUUUUCGUGUUUCCCUCCUUGUUCUGUGUUUUCACAUUUUGUGGUAAAAAAAAACAGGAACAGUAUUUUCGGUUUUUUUUUUUUUUUUACGCUCGAGAGGACGAAGCACAGUGUAUGCUUCCUUCCCGUAAGUAGCCCCGCUUGUUGUUGCUUCCUCUUUUGCCAAGAAGAGUCGGCACAACUGCGCAAGCUGCUGCGGUGUGAGUUAAGCACUCUGUACUGCGCACCUUACCGUUUGCGGAGGAGCGUUAAGAAGAAGCACAACCCCCCUGUUUUCUUGCGUGCUCGCACUGUUUUGCCAAUUUCGACACUUGUUCCCCCUUUAAAUCGCUAAUCUCAAAAUGGCCAGCGGAAAGGCGUCCAAGCCAAACCUCCCCGAGUCGAACAUCGCAAUCGGCAUUGACCUCGGAACCACCUACUCCUGCGUCGGCGUAUGGAGAAACGAAAAUGUAGAUAUCAUUGCCAACGACCAGGGAAACAGAACCACCCCAUCGUAUGUGGCCUUCACGGACACGGAGAGACUAAUAGGAGAUGCUGCGAAGAACCAAGUGGCGAGGAACCCAGAGAACACCGUCUUCGAUGCGAAGAGGUUAAUCGGAAGGAAGUUCACCGAGUCGUCCGUGCAAAGCGAUAUGAAGCACUGGCCCUUUACCGUCAAAUCCGGUGUUGAUGAGAAGCCCAUGAUUGAGGUGAGCUACCAAGGGGAGAAGAAAUUAUUCCACCCAGAGGAAAUCUCCUCCAUGGUUUUGCAAAAGAUGAAAGAAAAUGCAGAAGCGUUUUUGGGAAAGUCCAUCAAAAAUGCAGUGAUCACCGUGCCAGCCUAUUUUAAUGAUUCCCAAAGACAAGCCACGAAGGACGCAGGUACCAUUGCCGGUUUGAAUGUCAUGAGAAUUAUUAACGAGCCAACCGCAGCUGCUAUUGCGUAUGGUCUUCAUAAAAAGGGAAAGGGAGAAAAGAACAUUCUCAUUUUCGACCUCGGAGGAGGAACCUUCGAUGUAUCCCUCCUCACGAUUGAAGAUGGCAUUUUCGAGGUGAAGGCCACAGCUGGAGAUACCCACUUGGGAGGAGAAGAUUUUGACAACAGAUUGGUCAACUUUUGUGUUGAAGAUUUUAAGAGAAAAAAUAGAGGCAAAGAUUUAUCUAAAAAUAGCAGAGCGUUGAGAAGGCUAAGAACCCAAUGUGAGAGAGCCAAGCGUACUUUGUCCUCUUCCACCCAAGCCACCAUCGAAAUUGAUUCCCUUUUUGAAGGUAUUGACUACAGUGUGACGGUGAGCAGAGCCAGAUUUGAGGAGCUAUGUAUUGACUACUUCAGAGACACACUCAUUCCUGUGGAGAAGGUUUUGAAAGAUGCCAUGAUGGAUAAGAAGAGCGUGCACGAAGUUGUCCUUGUAGGUGGUUCCACGAGAAUUCCAAAAAUUCAAACGCUCAUUAAGGAGUUUUUCAAUGGAAAGGAAGCCUGCAGGUCGAUUAACCCUGAUGAAGCCGUCGCGUAUGGUGCAGCAGUGCAAGCAGCCAUUUUGUCUGGUGAUCAGUCCAAUGCCGUGCAGGAUUUACUCCUCUUAGAUGUGUGCUCUCUAUCCCUCGGUUUGGAAACCGCAGGAGGUGUUAUGACCAAGCUGAUUGAGAGAAACACCACCAUCCCAGCGAAGAAGAGCCAAAUCUUUACCACCUAUGCUGAUAACCAACCAGGUGUCUUAAUCCAAGUGUACGAAGGAGAGAGAGCCCUAACAAAGGACAACAACCUGUUGGGUAAAUUUCACCUAGACGGUAUCCCCCCUGCUCCUAGGAAAGUACCCCAAAUUGAAGUCACCUUUGAUAUUGAUGCCAAUGGUAUCCUUAACGUCACCGCUGUUGAGAAAUCCACUGGAAAGCAGAAUCAUAUUACCAUUACGAAUGACAAGGGAAGAUUGUCCCCAGAAGAAAUCGACCGUAUGGUCAACGACGCUGAGAAGUACAAGGCGGAAGAUGAGGAGAACAAAAAAAGAAUUGAAGCGAGAAAUAGCCUCGAAAAUUACUGCUAUGGAGUGAAGAGCUCUCUAGAGGACCAGAAAAUUAAAGAGAAAUUGCAACCCGCCGAAAUUGAAACCUGCAUGAAGUGUAUCACUACCAUUUUGGAGUGGCUAGAGAAGAACCAGUUGGCUAGCAAGGAAGAAUAUGAGUCCAAGCAGAAGGAAGCUGAAUCUGUGUGUGCUCCCAUCAUGUCGAAGAUAUAUCAGGACGUCGGUGGUGCCGCUGGCGGAAUGCCCGGUGGAAUGCCCGGUGGAAUGCCCGGUGGAAUGCCCGGAGGUAUGCCAGGAGGCAUGCCCGGAGGCGGAAUGCCCGGUGGAAUGAACUUCCCAGGUGGCAUGCCAGGCGGCGGAAUGCCCGGAGGAGCCCCCGCUGGAAGUGGACCCACCGUCGAGGAAGUCGAUUGAACGGCGUGAUCAUCCGAAGCGUCACCAGAGAAAUCGCUGCUCAGGGGUGAUGCGGGCGGUAUGUAUUUACUGUCCAGUUGCGUGAAGAGAGUGGGGGUGAAUAUACGUAUGCCUUUUGCAGAGGCCUUACAAGCGCGUUCGCCUUUCCCCCCCCCGCGCACCUCGCCCAUCUAUGGAAGAGCAUACACACAGGAGAACACUAUGUGGGUGUGGCCCGUGCCACCUUUUGCACGCGCGCCGGUGCGCAAAACCUAUUGCGCUAAACCGAUUGCGUUUGCCAUGGUGCGCUUGCCCAGGUGCGUUUACGUGUGUCCCACGAGUCGCUCUCCCGAAAAAAAAAAAAAAAAAUAAUUAAUCGCCAGUCAUCACCACAAAUCGUCGCAAAUCACUAAUCAUCACCACUCACCACGCGUCACUCGCUGUGCUAACAUACGCGCGCUCGGCGUGCCACGCAUGCAUUGUAAACCCAUGUAACUUUCUUUUUUCUGUAAAUUAAGGAGCUAUAUAUAUAUACAUAUACAUACACAUGUGCAUGUGAGAAUGCCUAUAGGAUGCUUAACGAAUCGCGCGAAUCAGUGCAGAUGUAUUUUUUUUUUUUUUAAAAACACUGAAAGAAUAGCAACACGAAAAGGAACACUAUAUAAUAAAAAUUAUAGUUACAUUGGAUUUUGCCUUGG